GAAAGACAGCUGUUGAUCUUUUAAUGCAAUUGUGAUUAAUAAUCCGAGUAAUAUUAAAAUAUUUUGGAACUCGUUUUUAAUUUAAUGUUACUGGCUUGAAAAAUUAAAUUAUCGAUUUUAAUACAUCAUCAACGUUAUUGUCCAAUGAUGCCCGAUGAAAGCAAUUAUUUUGAAAAGGACUGUUCUGUGCGAGUUGCGGUUCGAAUUCGCCCACAAAACUCUAGAGAAAUUAUUGAUAUGUGCCGAGUCUGUACAAGUGUAUUGCAUAAUGAGCCCCAAAUAAUUCUUGGACUAGAUAAAGCUUUUACAUAUGAUUUUGUUUAUGAUACAAAAUCAAAACAAGAGGACGUCUAUGAUGGAUGCGUACUACGUCUUGUUGAAGGUGCCUUGCGGGGUUUAAAUGCGACUGUAUUAGCCUAUGGUCAAACUGGUUCAGGAAAAACAUACACAAUGGGUUCAGGAUUUGACUACGAACUAUGUGACCAUCAACUAGGUAUAAUACCCCGGGCAGUUCAACAUAUAUUUUCUCGAAUUGAAGACAAUAAUCAAGAACUUAACACAGAUUGCGAUAAUAACACAGAAUUUAGUGUUGCUGUACAGUUCAUUGAAUUAUACAACGAGGAAAUAAUUGAUCUCUUAGAUCCCUAUAACAAGAAAAAGUCUUUUAAAAUACAGGAGAACGAAAAUGGACAGAUAUCUAUUGUAGGUGCAUCAAUUAAACCAGUUCAUACGCCAUCAGAUGCAUUAAGAUGUCUACAGCAGGGUGCAUUAGCCCGUACAACCGCAUCUACCCAAAUGAACGAUCAGUCAUCUAGGUCCCAUGCAAUAUUUACAAUUUUAAUAAGAAGGCAACGUUUUAUUACAUCGGCAAGCGAAUUUGUAAAAGAUGACCUCGAAACUUUAACAGCAAAAUUUCACUUUGUUGAUUUGGCUGGAUCAGAACGACUGAAACGUACAGGCGCUACAGGUGAACGGGCUCGUGAAGGUAUUUCAAUAAACUGCGGAUUGUUGGCAUUAGGAAAUUGCAUUUCCGCACUAGGAGAUAAAACCAAAAAAACAUUACAUGUACCAUAUAGAGAUUCAAAACUCACCAGAUUGCUGCAGGACUCACUAGGUGGCAACAGUCAGACUAUUAUGAUUGCGUGUGUAUCACCCAGUGAUCGAGAUUUCAUGGAAACUUUAAAUACGCUUAAAUAUGCAAAUAGAGCCAGGAAUAUAAAAAAUAAAGUACAAGUAAACCAGGAUCAAAACUCUCGUACAAUUUCCCAGUUACGCAGAGAAGUGGCGUCACUUCAAUUGGAACUUUUAGAAAUUAAACAAGGUAAACGUUUAGUGGAUAAUAACGGCAAUGCAUCUAUAUCGGACACGUUUUAUGAAAAUGAAAUGUUAUUGCAUGAUAACAAGCGUCUUCAGCAACGUUUAAAAUCUAUGCAGGAAACUAUAAAUGUUCUUACAGAGAAAAAUACACAAUUAUUAUUGGAAAAAGAAAUGGAUAAAUUUUCCUCGUUAGCAGAUACCGAUCAGUCUAUUCAGAAUAUGAUUGCUGGAUACUUACUGGAAAUUGAAAAAUUGCAGGCAAAGUUAAUAGAAUCCGAAGAAAUGUAUCAACAACUUAAGAAAUUUGGAGAAUCAGCAGUUGUUCUUGAAAACAAAUUUCCAAUAAAUGAAAAUACUGAAAGUGUUCUAGAGAUGGCAAAACGAGAACUAAGAAAAGAACGAGAAUAUAUCAUGACAAGAUCAUUUUCAUAUAAUGAAAGGGCGGCAGUUGAAGCAAGUGAAUCUGAAGGAAGCGAUGAAGAAGACGAUAAAGCUUACGAUGUACAUGCUGAUCUUGAUGAUGUAAAUUGUGAUAUUGAAAUAAAAUCUAAGCUAAUUGAACAAUUGGAAUUAUCGCAUAAAAGGAUGGUACUUAUGAAACAACACUAUGAGGAUAAGUUAAUGCUUUUGAGCUCAAAAAUAUUAAGUACUCAAAGAGAGCGAGAUGAAAUGUUGGCUAAUAUUGGUUCAACUGCAGAAAAUCAAAAAGAUGAUAAAAUAAACAAAGUUCGGAAUGAAUAUGAGCGCAAAAUUGUAACUAUGCGAAAUGAAAUGAAAAAACUGCAACAGGCCCAAAGGGAACAUGCGCGGCAACAGCUAGAGAUUACGGCACAAGAAACAAAACUACGAAAUCUUCGUUCACAAUUAACUGAACUUAAAACUAUUAAGGCAAGAUUAAUGAAAACAAUGGCCGAACAGAGUAAUCGCCAUAAAUUAGAAGAAAACAAAAAAAAACGUGAAAUAGCUCAAUUACAAAAAGAACAUAGACAACAAGAAAACGCGGUUAGAUCUUUAAAAGCUAAAAUGGAAGCGAAAGACCAAAUUCUAAAGCGUAAAACAGAAGAAGUGUCAUCUUUGCGUCGUAGUCAACGAUCGAUUCAAUCUUCAUUUCGUCUGAAGAAAAAAAACCAAGAACAAUUUGAUGCACAUUCUGCUCUUCAAAGUUGGAACAAUCUAUCAAGAGCAUUGGAUAAAGCAGCUCGAAAUCGUCAUAUGUUACUGCAAUUCGAACAGGAAUUAGAAAGAUUAAUAGAUGAACGUAACUCCUUAACACAGACAUUGUCAAAUUUGAAAAGUAUUACUAUCGGAGAAAAUAAUGACCUAGAAAAUGAAGAGGAUUCAGUUCAAUCAAACUUAAACUACAUCCAAGAAAGCAUGAAAAAUAUACAACAAACAAUAAUGGAAUUAGAUGAAACGAAAGACGUAGAAAAUUACAAUUCUAACAAUAUGCAAAUUAUUAUUACCAAUAUUAAAAAUAUUGAAGAAGCGAAAUAUUUACUACAACGUUUAACAACGUACGCUUUAAAAUUAUCAUGCAGUUUGGUCAUUAUGGAAGGUCGACUAACGGAACAUGUUACUUUACUUCAAGACUCACAGCAAGAAAACUUCAUCCAGCAACAAUUACUUCAACAUUUCUUGGCUCAAAGUAGUUCGGAAAAAAUUACCGAUUUAUUUGAGUCCAUAACAGCAAGUGUAUCGAAACUGUCAAAUACUAAUUUAAGUGAUUCUCAAAGAUCAGUUAAAAGCAACGAAACAUAUGAUAUACCUUUAACGAGUAGUACUUUAAUUACUGCUGAUGACAUAGCAUGUAGUACUUCAACUCCAAUUUUAAAUGAAAUAACUAGCAAAAUUCGUAGCCGUGCAGCCCUCCAACACAAUAUGUUGUUUGGCGAAAAGAAAUAGCUAAAUGUGGAAUACAAAAUAAAUACAAAAAAAUACGUACUUAUGUAAAAAGAAGUAUAAUAUUAGAAUUAUGUGAUAAUUUCAAAAUAACCAAUUUAAAUACAGAACAAUAAAAUGAAUAAACAAUUAUUUAACCAA